AACAUAACACAUCACUGUGGAUGAAGAUACCAUACCGUUUCUUUGCCGUGUGUUUUCGUCGUGGAUGUCUAUCUUCUCGCAUUUCAGUUAGGUUUUGUUAAUUAAUAUAUUUUCUAUACUGCCUGUCCCGACAUAAUGGCUCCUAAACAUGGAUUAUUCAAUAAGCGCAUCUAUGUUGACGCUAAAGAACAUUUGCUUGGAAAAUUGGCUUCAUAUGUUGCUAAAGCUAUCCUUCAAGGAAAUAAAGUUGUUGUUUUUAAUUGUGACAAAAUAAAUAUUGCAGGAAGUUUUUACAGAAAUAAAAUCAAAUAUUUGUCUUUUUUGCGUAAGAGAUGUAAUGUCAACCCUGCACGUGGACCAUUCCAUCAUCGUGCUCCCAGAUGUAUUUUCAGAAGAACUGUCCGUGGAAUGAUCCCUCAUAAGACAACUCGUGGACAACAAGCCUUAAGACGAUUAAAGGCUUAUGAAGAUAUCCCUGCCCGUUAUUCAUCUCAAAAGACUAUGGUAGUACCAUUAGCAAUGCGUAUGUUAUGUCUUCAACGAGGACGCAAAUACUGUGAUGUAGGCCGUUUAUCUCAUGAAGUAGGAUGGAAAUAUCAACAUGUAGUUAAAGAUUAUGAAGCAAGACGUUUAGAACGUGAAGCUAAACGUGCCAAGAGAUUGAAGAUCAGACAUAAAUUGACAAGAGAAGCCACCAAAAAAGUAAAGAAAGCAAUUGAGCCCUACAACAAAGUUUUGAGGGAAUGUGGUUAUUAUGUACCGGCAUUGGCUUAAUGUAUUUGUUGAAAUCAUUAAAAAAAAAUUUAAAAUC